AUUUUAGUUUAGAAUAUUUUGCGUAUCGGGCUUGCUUGGGUUAAGAGAUUUGGGUUAAAUUUAGAUCGAGUCAACUUCAAGUUGGGAAUAAUUAGGUUGGGUCAUUUUGAGUAUUGGGCUAAGAUCGGGUCAACUCCGCAUUCAAGUCGGGUAGUCGAGUCGGUUAGAUUUAAGGUCAGUUUCUGGUUGACGUUUUUGAGUCAUGGGUCGGGUUAGGAUUGCGAGGUCUAAUUUGGACUAAAAAAUAAGGUAAAAAAAAAAAGGAAAUUUAUCAAUGAUAGCCUCUGUUCUUGCUUUGAUUAAUGACAUUGUUGACGUUUUCCGUUAAUUUUAACUCAUUACACACAACCAUGGUUAAUUAUUUCAAUUAUUUUAAAAAUUAAAAGUAAAAUUUAAAAACCCAUCCCCAAGACCCAAGUAACCCAAACCUCCAUUGACAACCACCCCAGGCGCCACCCACUGACCGGAACUCUCGCUGCCCGCCGAUUCAUUCUACAAGUUUCCAUUUUUCAAGGUAUUCAAGCUGCUACUGCGUAUUUUCGUUGCAACUUUGCAAAUAAUCAAGCGGCCAAUUAGGGUGAGAAGUCAUGGUGGGAUUUAAAAAUAGGUACAUGGUGUUGGAAAUUUUUCUGGAUCCUAACAAGGAUCUCAUGGUGGAUGAUCCUGUUAUUGUUACCCAGUUCAAUGUGGCGAAAGCAAUAAAAGACAGUAUUCUUAUCAACUUUGGGGAGUGCGGUCUUGCUUCUUCCCUUGGCUCUUUCCAAGUUAAGUAUGUGAAUCCAAUAACAAAGUUGUGUAUGGUUCGAACAUCAAGGGAGGAUUACCAGAAAGUCUGGUGUGCAAUUACCAUGGUAUCAAGCAUUGGAAACUGCCCUGCUUUAUUUAAUCUGCUUGAUCUAAGUGGGAGUAUUAAAGCUUGCAGAAAAGCUGCCUUGAGCUGUGAAGAAGCAAAAUUUGCACAGUAUAAGCUUUUAAAGGGAGGUCAAGUUACAGAUGAGUUAAAUCGCCAAAUGCAGAACUGUUUCGAGAGGAUAAAAGUACUGGAACAUUAGUGAGUAUUCCUGUAUUUAACUCACUAUUGUAGUUCUGGAAUUGAAGAUUCGAAGAUGCUUAGAUAAUCUUCCAAUUUUGUAUGAUGCUCCAUAUGAAUUAGGUUAUGUGAAAAUUACGCCUAGUUGGCAGCUAAUUUAAGGUCCGCAUAGAGUUCAGCGAGAUGAACUCAGUUUUGCUAGUAAGUUCUUUCACAACUAAGUUUGAGUUAUUUGAAUGGCCUUGAAAUUCUGGACCAUUGUUUUGAGUUCCAGAAUCAAGUUCUCUUGUUUCAUAUAGUCUACGAUUAUGCCUUGAACCCAAUUUAUAUGUAUAGUAGAUGAUGGCCCCGUGAUUAUCAAACGCCAUGACCUGCUGUCCCUAACACAUGACUUAAGGCAAGUUUCUGUAUUGUAGAAGUUUUCUGAGCAUCUAAAACUGUUUUCAGUU